AUGCAAGAUUUCUUCAAUUUACGCAAACAACUUGCGUUUUACCAAUGGUACCAUCAAACUCCCGGUAACGUGGCGAUUCAUACGGUGUUCGUUCCGGUGAUUCUUUACUCCGCGAUGGUAAUGCUACACCACGUUCACAUCUAUAAAGACGUUACGCUCAUGGAAAUUGUUGCUGUGUUGCUCAGCGUUUACUAUCUGAUUCUGGACGUUCCCGUCGGUUUGCUUGCGGCCUUGAUCAUCACGGGUGUUUCGUACGGAAUAGAACAAGGUCCACUUGAUCUACGACUUUGGAUCGCUGCGGUGGUUUUCGCCGUCGGUUGGAUUUGCCAGUUUUUGGGUCACGCCUAUUACGAACACCGUAGACCCGCGUUGCUCGACAACCUAGUCCAAAGUCUUAUGACGGCACCGUUUUUCGUCCUAUUUGAGGUGUUGUUCAAGUUAAACUUGUGCAAAAGACUUCAAGCAGACCUUGAAGUGGAACACCAGCGGCGUGUCGCAGAAGAGAAUGAGCGGAGCUUGCUCAAUCCAUAA